GCUUCUGGCUUUCCUGUAAAAAAGAGCAGUCUUAAAAAAAAAAGCUUUAAUAACUAAUAAUUUCAGAGUAAAACUGUACAAAAAAAAAAUGAUAUGUUCAUAAUAUUUUCACAGUUAUUAUUGCUAUAUAAUCCACUAUUUUAUUGAAAAGUGAGUCAUCACACUCUCAUCAGAGAGGAAGAAAAAGCAAAAAAAAGACAGACACAGAGGAGAGAGGGAGUUUUAUUAAAAAAAACUCAUAUGAUUUGUUGUAUUGUUGGGUUGAAAGCCAUUCAGUCUCUUCUGGCCUUACUCCAUCAUUGUCUUUAGUACAGCUUUAUUACUCCUUUUUAAGUAAAAAUUUCAACUCAAAGUGUCCAUCUUUGUCUCGAAAUCAUAGAUACAAAAACACACACACACACACACUCACACACAAAGACAGAUAACACUGUGUUGUGGUAUCCCUCUCUCUCUAUCUCUCUGCACUUUUUUUGUUUUAAUACCCUUUUGGAGUUGUCUUUCAAAUUUUGUUCAAGAGUUUUUUUUUUUUUUUUUUGGUGUUUUGCUUUGUGGGUUCUUGAGAAGUUGUCAAAAAAAGGGACUUUUUGGGUUGAUAAGGAUUCAAAUUUGCUGCAACUUUUGUGAUCCUUUUUUUGUUCUGAAUUUCUUGUUUUGUUUGUUUUGUUCCGACCUAGAAUGGUUAGAGUUGUGAGUUUACCGAUGACUGUUGACGGAAGACGGAAUUCCGAUACUGGAGAUAUGAAUUAUGACAAUUUUCCGGUGGGCAUGAGAGUUCUUGCAGUUGAUGAUGACCCAAUUUGCUUGAAGUUGUUGGAAGGCCUUCUCCGGAAAUGCCAAUAUCAUGUUACAACUACUAAUCAAGCUAGGGUGGCCUUGGAGAUGCUGAGGGAAAAUAGAGAUAGAUUUGACCUGAUCAUUAGCGAUGUCCAUAUGCCAGACAUGGAUGGGUUUAAACUGUUAGAGCUUGUUGGACUGGAAAUGGACCUUCCUGUCAUCAUGUUGUCUGCAAAUAGCGAUCCCAAGCUUGUUCUGAAGGGCGUUCAUCAUGGGGCAUGUGAUUAUCUGGUGAAACCCGUUCGCAUUGAGGAGCUGAGAAAUAUUUGGCAGCAUGUUAUCCGGAGAAAGAAGCUUGAUCCGAAGAAAAGCAAGUCUAGUUUUGAAGACAAGGCUCAUCAAGGAAAUGGUGAAGUCUGUGGGGGCCCUUUGCAGACUGGUUCUGGAGAUCAGAGUGGGAAACUUAACAAGAAGAGGCAGAAUGAAGAAGAUGAGGGUGAAGAGAAUGGUAACGAAAAUGACGAUCCAACAACACAGAAGAAGCCUAGGGUUGUUUGGUCCAUAGAGCUUCACAGGAAAUUUGUUGCCGCAGUUCAUCAGUUGGGCAUAGAAAAAGCGGUUCCCAAAAGAAUUCUUGACUUGAUGAAUGUUGAAGGCCUUACCAGGGAAAAUGUGGCAAGCCAUCUCCAGAAGUACAGGCUUUACCUGAAAAGGAUAAGUACAGUUGCAACGCAGCAAGCCAACAUGGUUGCUGCACUGGGAGGAAGGGAAACUGCUUAUAUGAGAAUGAGUACGCUGGAUGGGCUGGGAGAUUUUCGUGCACUGACUGGAUCAGGCAGGUUGGCUAGUACUACUUUUUCACCGCACACACAAGGUGGGAUGCUCGGUAGACUUAACAGCCCUGGGAGCAUCAACUUACGUAACCUAGCUUCAUCCACAGUAGUUCAGCCAAGUCAAAAUUUAAGCAAUCCCAGUGGUACUAUUGGCAAAUUGCAUCAAGCGGUCUCCCCAUCAAGUCAAAAUUCAACUGUGUUUCAAGGAAUUCCUACAUCAAUGGAGCUUGAUCAGUUGCAACAUAAUAAAAGCAUUAGUCGUGUUGGGGACAUCACUUCUUUAGAUGAUUCAAAAUUACUUGGUGCUGCUACAGCAUUUGCCGAUACUAGGGCAUUAGCAAUUAACUCAAAUAACCCUUUAUCUGGUGCCUCAAAUAAUACUAUGAGGUUACAAGGGAGUUCGCCGCAAGCUCUGAAUGGUGGUGGUUUUGUUGAUCAAUCUUCUGCAAGCUUGGCUUCUUUUCAUUCUGAACCCUUUGAUGGGAAUCCUGCAGUUCAGUUGUCGAAGUUCCAUUUCAAUGCCUUGCCUCCAAGUGAUUCCCUUAUACAAGGGCAAAUGUCCCUUUCCAGUUCAAGAGAAAGUAUGUUUUCAUCUGGUUCUCAACUGCAAAGACCUAGUUUUUCUUCCACAGCUUCCGCAGGCCCUUUUGAAGAUUCAAGAGGAGAGAUCCAGUGCCUAGAAGUUCCUGGUUGUGUUCAGAACAUUGGCCCAGUAUCAGGCCAAAAGUGGAGAGAAACAAAGCAGGAUUAUUCACAGAACUCAAACAGCUUUCUUGGCAGCUUUAGUUCUCGAGCUACAAUGAAUAGUGUCAUUACUCCCUUAAGCCAGAGAAUGGGACAAACUGGGAUUGCUGACAGAAGGAUUGAUGACGGGUCAACCCUGGGCAGUUCACCAUUCUUGCAUCAAAGUGAGACCGAGAACUCAAAUUUAAGAAUCAGGGCCGGUGAACCAUACUACUUGGAACAAAUAAAACCCCAAGUUGGCUUUGCAACCAGUAGCUAUGAUGCCUUUGAUGACUUGAUGACUUCAAUCAAACGGGAACAAAGCGGGAACAUGUUCGAUGGCAACAUGGGGGGAUUUGAUGCUUUCCCGUAUGGUUCUUGCAUAUGAAAAAGCUACUGCAGAAACUCGGCUCGUACAGGAGGACCAACGGCUACAACUUCAUAAAAUAUGUCAUUAGCUGUGUAAUAUUCUUUUUCUCCAAAUUAGCGUUUGCCCUUGCUCUUCUUCACGGUCAGGAUGAUUGGUCUGACUCCUUGAUAAAUUCCAAUUUAGAUAAUCCUUUCUUCCUUUUUUAGCUUCUUACUUUGGUUCUUCUGCCAUUUUUUAGAUUUCUAUUAAUGAUACUCAUUGCAUUUCGACAAAUUUAGAGUUACUCCUUCCGUCCUGAAAUUAUUGUCUAGUUUGGAUUUAUUUCUAUUACAAAUUGAACUAAAAGUGAAAAUAUAUACUGGACAAUGCUAUUUGGGAU